AUGCUACCGAACCUGCUGAUGAAACCUCUGAAAACUCGACAUCGACGACUAGUGCAACUACUGUUCUACAAGUUCAGCCUCGACGAGCGGGACCUCGACAUCAUCUACCUCGACCGGAACAACGAGUGGAACGACUUCUGGAUCUAUUACGGCUACAACAACGACUCUGACUUCGACGAGGGGCUCGACAUCGGGUUCAACAAGCACUACAACUUCAACGACGACUUCAACUCCGACAAAAGCGACCAACGGCACGAGUUCGGAUUCGAGUUCUCCUUCUGGAACCUCGACAGGAUCUUCUACUGCUAUCCCGGCAAUUUCAACCACUACGGUCUCUACUUC